UAGGAUUAACUCCAAAUGCACCUAGUAAUAAUAACAAAGGUAUCCCAGCCUGGGCCAACGUCACAGCUGUACCAGUCAGCUACAUGCCUGAGCAAAGGAGUCCUCCUGUGUCUUCUCUGAGCAUAAACAGAGUUGACAAUGACCCACAUUUCAUCAUACACCUGCCCAAGAGCCGAAGGGACAUCUGCUUCAAUAUCAACUCCGAGCCUGGAAAGAUCCUAAACUUGGUUUCUGAUCCUGGUACUGGAGUCGUGGUCAACGGGCAGCUAGUUGGGGCCAAGAAAGCAGAGAACAAGAAACUCAACACAUACUUUGGCAAAUUUGGUUUUUAUUUCAAAAGCAAAGGCCUGAAAGUGGAGAUCACCACGGAAACGAUAACACUGAAAGAUGGAUCUUACAGCAUCGCGCUGACCUGGUCUGACACGGGGCACAUCCUUCGGAAACAGCUUCUCAUCUCUGUGAAGAAAGAAAGCAAUGUUACUAUCACUGUGGGUGAGGAGAUGUCCUUCAUGGUUUUGCUGCACCGUGUGUGGAAGAAUCACCCAGUCAACGUUGACUUCCUGGGAAUCUACAUUCCCCCUGAAAACCAGUUCUCUCCAGCAGCCCACGGGCUGAUAGGUCAGUUUGUGUCUGAACCAGAAGUGCACAUCCACCACCAGCGACCUGGGCAAGAUCCAGAGAAACCACAAGCCACCAUGGAGGUGAAAGGAAACAAGCUCACUGUUACCAGGGGGCUGCAGAAGGACUACAGGACGGACCGCGUGCUUGGGACUGAUGUGCAGUGCUGGUUCGUGCACAACAGCGGGAAAGGUUUCAUAGAUGGGCACUACAAAGAUUACCUCGUCCCCCACCUGUACAGCUUUCUGAAGAAACCCUGAAUGCUCCCACACAAAACCAGUUUAUUACCAAAAAAACCACGUUCUCUGCUCCCAAACAACUCUUCUGAACAGCAGCUGUCAGCCUGUCAAGCCAGAUUGACCGAAGGUGACCUCACCACCAUUUACUUUAGAAAUGAUCAGUGUUUCAAAGCAAUGUAACUCCCUUUUCUGUUAAAAGAAAUUAAAUCU